GGGUUUUUCCCCCACGUUAUAUCAGUUGCACGGAAGUAGCUGGCAACGCAAGUAAUCCGGGCGCUGCAGCUUUAAGCAGCUGCGCGCGCUCCCGCGGACGGCAAUCACUUUCUGGCAGACAAUCACUUUUCGACACAACAGGGGGAAGGGAAGCUGAGAUUGGAGGGAGAAACAAUCAUAAACUGAGGUACUUUUAAAAUGCUUCAUAUCACGUAAUAUUUUCAGACAGGCCGCGGGACGCAAUGUUUCUGCUGCAUUUGCCUGAACUUGGAGACAAAAGCAGAUAUAUUCUCGUGUUGCUGUUGGAUUUGGGGACAGACCCCCCCUCCAUCCCUGUUACAGUUCAGCAGAGCUACUGCUAGCCCGUUAGUUAGCCUGGCAGCUGGCUUUUCGUGUGUCAAAACCUAACUAGGACUGGAGUCCUUAAAUGCAGUGUCUCCUGCCAUACAACAACUCUUCAUGACCCCACAUCUCGUUGCACAGCUGGAGUUCGGAUGUUCGAUGCCAUUUCACGUGAGGCCAGAGACGUAGGGCUGCUUCGGUGCUUGUGAAUACUGCCUGGGAUACUUUGGAUUUAUCUUAAGUGCCAAAGUGAUGAAGUGUCUCGGACAGGGAGAGCCCAGCCCUGAACAGGAAUGUCAUUAUUCAGGUUUCGGGCACCUCUGGAGGGGCUAAAGAGAGCAGGGCUGGUCAGUGGUGGAGAGAAAAGAGGCAGGUUUCCAGGCAACUUGUGUAUUGAUGGGUAGCCAUUUCCUCCAGUCAGCUCUCGUGGACUGAUAUCUGUAGAUUCCUGUCAGCAUCCAUACUCGUGGUUAGACUGGCAUCGAAAACCACACAACUAUUGCUCUUGCGUGAAUAUGAUGUUCAAACAACACUUUUUUUUCCUGCCGGCGACACCUUUCUAAAAUCGACCAGGUGACUGUGGAUGUCGUGUUGUCUACAUAUAUGAGGGGAAAAUGAUAAACGCAUAGAUACUUGCAGUAGCUACAAGUGUGUGCAGCUGAAGCCAUGGUGGCCCUUGCAUCAACUCAUCAGCCAAUCUCAGUUUAUGACUUCAGAAGUCUUUAGAGGCCAGGAUCAGAAACAAGUUCAGCAGACAACGCGCUCACAUGCAAUGGAAGAAGACAUUGAUGUCGCCUCCCGCAUUGAGGGUCUAAAUGGUUUGUCUCAUGAAUGUAAACCAUUAGAGGAGAUAACCAAUGGACACUCCAAUCAUAAGCCUAUCAUGAAUGGACUGGUUAUUGGUCAUAAUGUCAAAGACCACACCAAUGGCAGCGCACCACUCAGAUCUCUGCCGAUUUCAGCAUUAAAACAGAAUGGUCUUCUGCAAACCCUGGCAGCUGGAGACCAGCCCAAGCCUGAAGAUGAUAAGGAAAAUGUGGAGUUGGAAAAGGCCAGGCAGGAGUGGGAGGCUCUAGAGCACACCCAGCCAGCUCUCACUGAGGACUUUAACCCAACCCCACUUAUCCCCUUCAAUGAAGCCCUGCAGUACUUUCAGACCACAGACCUUGGGGAUUUGCUGAAGAACAUCCAGCCAACCAUUCGCAGGACUGGUCUGGCUGCGAUCACACACUUCCUCUUUGGACCGCCGCGACUUCACAGGGAGCUCCUGGAGGAGAGAGAUCUCGUCUUUGCCAUUGCACAGUGCCCUGUUGACAACAGCCAAACGGUCCACAUGCGUGUCCUCCAGACCAUUUAUAAGAAGCUGAUUGGCAGCAAGUUGGACUGUCCACGGUAUGGCGUACACUGGGAAAGCAUUGGCUUUCAGGGUACAGACCCUGCCACUGACCUACGUGGCACUGGAUUCCUGGGACUGAUGCAUACUCUAUAUUUUGUGAUGGACCCAGAGACUCUACCCUUGGCUAGAGACAUCUACAAAUUAUCACAACACCCGACACAGAACUUUCCAUUUAGUGUGAUGUCAAUCAACAUGACCCGCAUCGCUCUGCAAGUACUAAGAGAGGAGGCCUUGUCCAAGGAGUGUAAUCGUCGUCAGCAAGUGGUCGGCGUGCUGAACGAAUUCUACGUUGCCACGUAUCUGCACCUUUAUCAACUGUGGAAGACCCAGCAGAAGACCAUCGCUGACUCUGGCUUUGUUCUGAAAGAGGUGGAGCUGUUUGCCAAAAAGAACCCCAAGCAGAUGCUGCGCCGGCUAGAGGUCUUCCUGAAAGAGAGGCGGGCAGGUGGAAUCCCCCGUGGGACGUCACCAGACCCUGUGGCUCAACAGCCUUCUCCCAGCCUGGGGGAGCGAGGGGCCAAAGCUGGCACUGCACAGGCACGCAAGGGAAAGGAGAUGCACUUCACAGGAGUGUGUGAUCUACCGCCAGACAUGGAGGGAGAGGCCAGACUGAUCUAAGCUAGACUCUAUGCGAGUGUUUCUGUGUGUGUGAGUCUAUCUAUUACUUUAUGUGCGAGUGGCUUACUCGGAGCUAGAAGAAGAGCCCCACAAGACCAUGAUCUAGAACCUGCUAUCUGAACCUUAUCAAACACUUCCACUCCUUCCGUUGUUGCUGGGGUGCUGCACUUUGAUCAGAUUAUGCUAGGGGAUCUUUCAGAGUUAUGUUUGAGUUUUGUUAUUAACUUAUUUAUUAAGCAUGGGUGCAUAGAACAGAUAUAAAGAGGUCAGAAACUCAAGAUGUCACAAAAACAAAAUAAAGUGAAUAUUUGCACUUUUCUGUGGAUUUUGUAGCCAAAUCAAUAGCUGCCAAAUUAUUGUGGUUGAAGUCUACCUGUCUAAAAGUACAAAAUAUACACAAUUUUGCUCCAAGGAUCUCUUAUCCAGGUUAUCUAAAUGUUAUAGAGAAGCAUGGCAGAGAGUGUCUUUUUUUUUUUCCCCCCAAAGGCUUGGCAUUCUUCUUUGCACCAAAAUACUGCUCCGUCACAUGCAAUGUAACUGAAGAGCAGCGAUGACUGGUAUGUUGUUAAAGGCUCUGUUGAAAUUAUGGUAAUACAAGAUAAAAUGAACUAGUCUGAAUCCCUGCUUUAGAGAAUACAACAGCAGGUUUUCCAUUAGUUUGAGUGGGAAGAGGAAGAUGGAAAAUGUUAAUAGAUACUGGUUUCACAGCUACACUGUGGGCUUUGAAUGCAGCUUACUUUAAAGGUCUGAUCACCUUGCAUUUGCUGUUGGUGUGAAUGGCAUAUGUCAUUUGGACAUCAGUCGAAAUGUGAGGUUGUAGUCAGUUUUAAGUAGGUGUCUGUUGCCAGAGGUCUAAUAGACUAGGUCCAGAGCUCCCACUUAAUAUGGGGGAAUAUAUUUUAAAUAAUAUAUAAAAACAUAUAAAGUGUAUGUGUGUGUUUAUCUAUUUAUAUAGAUAAACUAUAUAUUAGUCCUUUAUUAAGGGACAGCUGUCCCUUUAAUCAUAACGUUACAGUUGUGUGUCAAAACACUUCAGAAUUCUGUUACCAGACUAAUGGCUUGGUGAUGGUGAGAACGGUUUGAACACUAUGAAAUUCCACCAGAACAAAAUUCUUAAGUCUCUGCUUUUCAUGGUUAAAGCAAAGGAGACACUUUGGCUUCAGCUUGGUCCCAGCUGUAGCCGAAGCUCUGGUUUGAGCUUUCUUACAUUCCGUUAAAAAGCAUGCGAUUGUAAAUUUUUUUUAUUUUUUAUUUUAUUUUUUGACCAGUUUGAAAAUUUAUUCCAGUGUGUAUGAGUGUGUGUCUGUGUGUGGGUGUGGAUGCAUGUGUGGUUAAAAACAAAUGAGCUGAUAUUGAUGAAGGGCGCCUCUCCCAGGAGAUGUAUGCUACAGUAUGCAAUCCCAGCUCUUACUCUAAGAUAAUCAAAACGCUAGUGCCGUGUGAUGAUAGAAAUCGUUCCUAACUUCAGGGUUUGUGCACUUGUGCAAGCGAAUGUGUGUGAGUAUGUUUGUAUGUGUGUUUCAUAUGACAGGAACUGACUACAGAUGGGGUGCUUUCCUCUGCACACAAUAAGCCAGCUUUACUAAGUACUUGAUCCAUCAAGCUGCAUAGAUGGUACUUCUGUCAUUUUAAAAAUGGUUCAUAACAUUUGUGAAGACAAUAUUUCUCCUAAAACAAACGACACACAGACACACACAACCUUUGGUUUGCGUUUUUAAAUAAUCAAAUGUUGGUUCCAGGCACAGCUGGUUGCAAGCAGCUCUGUGGGCUGAAAUGGGUAGAGCUCCUCAGCAAAGCUGGUUCCUGCUUUGUGCUAAUGUGAAUCAGUCCUCCAUCUUUGUAGUCUCAAUCUGUAGCAUGUUCAGGUAGCACUAGUACUGUAGCAUCCUAUAGCCUCCUCCUCUUCGUAAAAGCUUGUUGAUGUCGCGUCUCAGUUACAGUCUGUAGUGUUAAUGAGUGCGCAAACUGUUAUUACUAUAGCACAUACAUUUCUUUCUUUUUUUCCCCUUUUUUUUGCAAAGCCUCCUCGAGUAGAUGCACAUUUAGGUGGCACAGCGUGUGUUUUGUAGAGAUGUGGGCUAGGCUCGAUAUGUUUCUGAGCUCAAACUUGUCUUCUAAGAAGGUGAUAGUAAACCCGGUGCCUACAUCCAAGCAGAGCUAUGCGGGGCAGAGUGCAGGUUUGUCCUCUUACUUUUGUCUUUCAUUCGAGCCAUCGUGCCACGGUAGACUUUAUUCAUUUGUGUGACACAGUACGCAGAGUUAAUGUUACCCCUAAAACAUGCCAUAUUAAUUAAUAUAUACUGUUAAAUGCACAGGCAUGUGAGUUUUUCGAUGUCGGCAUCUAUUCAGACAAUUGUCCAUCGCCAACUUGCAUUCUUCUCGUCCACCGUACAACUUCAAAAGUGAGCUGAUGUAGUUUUGCCAAUUGUUUGCAAGUGUUUUGAUCGAUCAGGAAAAUUUGCACUGUUGUAGAUAUUUGAUAGUAUGUGUGACGUAUGCAAGAGGAAGCAGGCCAUCUUCAAUAGCCAUAUUGUAACGUUCAUUAUCACCCACAUCAUGAAAACGGGCUUUGUGAAGUCAGACUCCCCUCCUCGCUUGAAAAAGUUUGCACCAUGGUCUCAUAUUUAGUUUUAUUCAAUUACAAACUGAGGAGCAGUACAGUGUAUGUAAAUCAGGAAGUUUGUAUAUAGAGAAUUAAUGAUUGUAACUGUAUGAUUGUCUGUAGGGCAUUAUAUCGAAACACACUGCUUACCUCAAGACUUGAGACAAAUCUCUCCUUUCUCUCUAUUUUUACGUUUCCUUGUAUCUAGGCCUUCUCUCAUACUAAUUGGAUAUGAUAUGUAAUGUAUAUCCUCCACCAGAAGCACUACGUAAUAGCAAACUAACACAAAAGCUGGUCAGUGUUACGUGUAUUCUAUUUAAAGACACAUUUAUCGACGCUAUAUAGGCCCACGCGCACUCCGAUGCACAUCUGCAGAUAAAAUUCCUUUUAAAGACAUUCUAUAAUUGGCUGAUGUUUACUUAUAAUGUUGAAAUAAGAUCGCUUUCUUGUGGCUUCAGUGAUAGUAUGGUAUACUUUUGCUGUAAUUCAGUGUUUUGUGUCAGGAAACACUCAGAAACAAUCCUGUUUUUACAGCUCCAGUCACAAACAGUUCAAUAAAUGAUUGUUAAGAUACGCUUGAUCAUCAGUCAUAAUGCUGAGUGCGCUUUGACUUUGGUGUAUUAUCACCUAUGUGUAUAUAAUAGCCAAACAAGGCCUGAUUUUAUCCUCCCAUGUUAACAAAAGUUGUAUUUUCAGCAGUAAUAGAUCAUGUUCUUAUGAUUUGAUCAUCAUUUGGAGCCGCUUCAGUUGACAAACCAGAACCAAGAGAAACAUAAAACGGGUUCUUGCAGGAUGUCAGAUGCUCUGAGAGGUGAGGUCUGAAGUUCUGCUUCCUACAGCAGCAGCUUGGCAAAUACAAUCACUUCUCUCAAUAUCCUGCGCUUUAUAUGAAGGUGUUUUACUGUUGCUGUCGUCAUGUCCCUCAGAGCAUUUUAUGACUGUACCUUGAUUGUAGAAGCCCUAUUUUAUACUGAGAGUUAUUUGAGAAUACAGUAUGUGCUGUUGUACAUUAAAUGUAUUGUAUGGAGAAAGCUAAAUAAAUGCUGUUUAAAAACUG